UUCUCGGAUCAACGACCAACCACCGCCGCAGUUAGAAAUUUUAGUUUUCAUUCCCGCCAUGGAUCUCCUUCAUUGCUCAAGGCUGCAAAACCCCAUUACAAAAUUACUACAACCUCACACUCGAUUCACUGUACACUCAACUUCAUCGUCAUUGUGUCUCCGGCGAUUCAGCGUGAGAUCGAGUCUUCCUUCCCCGGCUCAGAAUGCCAAGUAUAACAGAGAGCUAAGUGCUGCUGUGGAUGCGGUCGAGCGGGCUUGCCGUCUCUGUGUUGACGUGAAGCGAUCUUUAUUCACAAGUGAUGGAAGGAUUCUUGAAAAAAAUGACCAGACACCUGUCACCAUUGCAGAUUUUGGAGUUCAAGCUCUAAUUAGCCUGGAGCUCGGGAAGCUAUUUCCUUCCAUUCCAUUGGUGGCUGAAGAGGAUUCAGCAUUCUUACGUUCAAAUAAUCUUGUAGACUCUGUUGUAAAUGUGGUUAUUGAUAAAUCAAGCUCCAAAGAUAAAGAAUUAACUGAAGCUGAUGUACUUGAAGCUAUUGAUAGAAAAGGAACAUUUGGACCUAAUCCAGCUACAUAUUGGAUUCUGGAUCCUAUAGAUGGCACACGUGGAUUUCUCAAGGGUAAUGAGGCCUUAUAUGUGGUAGGUUUAGCACUUGUGGUUGAAGGACAGAUUGUUUUAGGAGUUAUGGGAUGCCCUAACUGGAAGGACAAUAAAUCAGACAAUGACAAAUAUACCCUUGGGUCAGGAAUGAUUAUGGUUGCACAUAUUGGCUGUGGAACAUGGUCAAAGAAACUAUCUGGGGUAGCUCUUAACUGGUACAGAUGCUUAGUUGAUGGCUAUAAUUUAGUUCAUAAAGGACGCUUUUGCAUUUCAGAAAGCCAAACAUGGGAUUCAUUGCCAUUGUCAUCUUCAUUUGGUUCAUCAAUCAAUGUGGACAAUGUUGGAGAUAAUGAAGUUCUUCUCUUGCCUACAUGUUGUGGAAGUUUAUGCAAGUAUCUGAUGGUAGCUUCUGGGAGGGCAUCUGUAUUUAUUCAACGUGCAAGGGCUGAAAGAGUGAUCAAGGUUUGGGAUCAUGCUGUUGGAGUGAUAUGUGUGCAAGAAGCAGGAGGAAAGGUUACAGAUUGGAAUGGAGAUGAACUUGAUCUUGCUGGAGAUGAAGUUGAGAGGAAAGCGCUAUUUCCGCCAGGUGGCAUUCUUGUGUCGAAUAGCAGAUUACAUGAAGAGAUACUUGAGAUCAUUGCAUCCAAUUCAGCAAUUAUUUCAUGACAUAUGGAAAGGAAAAUCUCUUGUUUGUAUUUUCUCAUUAUUCUUUUUGGUACGUGUAAUAUACAAUAAGGAAAGUAAAUCAAACUGAUGUUGAAUGAAAGAG